UUGGCAAACAAACUUUUAUUCCCCUGACGACUUGUGGCUCUUUUCUAUUCAACAUUGUCCGUAUGAAGCUUCAUAGGAGGCUCUGCCCAUGGGAUUCGCUUGCUGUGCUUCAUCUGGAAAGAAAUUACGCGUAAAUUGAAUGGCAGGUGUGUAAUAUGACGUUUUGGUGAACAUUUGAAUGGCGUGUGUACGAACCUGAAAGAAUACUACAGCCUAGUAUAGUAUUAAGAAGAGAGAAAUGUAGCAGACUGCACCUAGUACCUGAUCACUAUUGGGACAUUUACACCGCUACCAUGGCCCUGAGCAAGCCCACAAACACGGACCCGGUCUACACCCCAGGUACGGCCCGGGGUGCCAAACUGGCAGCUCUGCUGAUCGACGAGGGGACUGCGCUACUCAGGAGAAUAUUUGAGGACGAUGUAAAGAAAAUGAACCCUCCAAGUCUUCGUGUGCAGCUGAAGAAGCACAAUAGGUACCUUUGUGGAUUGCGACGCUUGACUGCUGGUCAGAGAGAAACAUUGUAUCCAGCCAGCGGCAAUGUACCAGAUACAGCGCAGGGGUUUGACAUAUCACUCUUAGAACUCCUCCUGGAAGAAAUUGUGUGCUAUGAACUCGGUAGAAACGCACCGUAUUCAGGCGAACGGGACAGACUCCGGCGGUUCAGAAACGACAAUUACGGGCACAUUUCAAGCACGGACUUGUCUGAAGCAGACUUUGACAAGCUCUGGAAUGAACUGACUGUUAUACUGGUUGCUCUCGGAGGAGGAGACAGAGACAGAAUUGCAAAAAGGCGCAGGCGCAGCAUCGACCCAGAACUGGAAAGGAAGUACUUCGACCUGCUAGAGCGACUGCACAAGGAAGACCUCAUUCUGGCUCAGUUAGGGAGUCUAAGGAAAGGGCAAGAAAAAGUUUUGGAUCAGGGAAAGAGUCUGCUGAAGGGGCAAGAAACACUCUUGAAUCAAGGAGAGAGCCAGAAAAAGGUACAAGAAGAAGUUUUGGAUCAAGGAAGCAGGCUGCUGAAGGGGCAAGAAACACUCUUGGUCCAAGGUGAGAGCCAGAAAAAAGGACAAGAAGAAGUUUUGGAUCAGAUGAAAGGACAAGAAGCAAUCUUGGCCCAAGGAGAGAGUCAGAGAAAAGAAAUUUUGGAUCAAGGCGAAAGCCUAAGGAAAGGACAAGAGGAGAUAAAGAGUCUGUUGGAGGAAGUCCGCGAUGCCCAGAGCCCGGGAACAAACUCCGGACAACGUGAAGAUUCAAGCUCCAGCACAGGGUUAUCUGAGGUGCCUGAUGACGUCAUCACCUGUCUGCAGGACUUCUACGCUUCCGAGUAUGCGCAUGUGCGGCCUCUGCCCUGGUGCGAAGACCUCAACUUGCACCUUGAAGAAAUCUACACCGACCUGCAGCUCCAGCGUAGGGACGGUAGGGGGCGCUUCCGGGACACAGACACUAUUGUAAGCUUAGGUGAUAUUUACAAUACAGGUGAAGACAGUGAAGAUAAGGUUAAAUCAGAAGGCAGAAAGAUACGAGUUGAAGGGGACCCUGGUAUUGGGAAGUCGUGCUCUUGUCAGAAGCUUGCUUAUGAUUGGUCCUGUGGGAAACUAGACCGGUUUAAGGUUGUAUUCUUUCUGGAAAUGCGACACUUAGCUGGGAAGGUAAAGGAUGAAAUAUUUGAACAGCUCCUACCAAAGGAUACCAAAACGACCCCGGACCAGCUCUGGUCCUACAUCCAACAGAACCAGGAUGAUGUUCUCUUCAUCCUAGACGGUCUAGAUGAGCUCAGUCAGGCAGCUAGGCAAGUCACAGAUGUGCUGGACCUGAUUCAGGGUAAAAUCCUCCGGAACUGUCAUGUCCUGGUGACCUCCAGGCCGUACCACUGUGUCAAAGACCUGGCGAAAUGUCACCAGUUCUACAAAAUACUAGGCUAUCGUUUGUACGAUUCAAGGAAGUUUGUGUACAAAUACUUUAGCAAAUUCCCAGAGUCAGCCUCAAAACUAGUGGAACAGCUUCACAGUAACAGAAAUCUGUCAGAAAUAGUAGUGAACCCCCUCAACAACGUACUUGUAUGUGUUGUGUGGGAAGAUAACAAUGGCCAGCUGCCCUCUAGCAAAGCUGAACUCUAUGAAAUGAUUGUAAUCUCAGUUGCUAAGCGAUUCUGUACGAAGAAAGACCUUUCAGUGGAAGGUGAUGAGCUUCCUCCUGACAUAAAAGCAGCCUUGCGAGGUCUGGGGAAACUGUCCUGGGAGGGGCUAGAGCAGGAGCAGCUCCAGUUUAACACAGCUGAGAUCACAAAGAAAUAUGGCACAAAUGCCGAUAACAUGUUGAGCAUGGGCCUCCUGACUAGAGAUUACUCUUUCUCCAGAAUCAAACGCACCUGCUUCUGCGCCUUCCUGCACAAAACGUUUCAGGAGUACAUGGCCGCCCGCUAUAUCAGUGGCCUGUUCAGUAGUAGUAGUAGCAGAGAAGAGGGGAUGAAAUGUCUUCGUAGUUUGUUUGGUUUGACAACUACCACUGGUGUCAACAGUAAACUGAUCUUAGCUAGUCACCGUAAAUACAGGGAGGUUCAGCAAUGGUUGGUUUUGAUCCUAGGUGAGAAUGCAAACCCGUUGUUUGACAUGUUUGCAGAGGAACUAAGCAAAACUCAAACUGAUCAGGACAGGGACGCUUUGUCGUUUGUGUGUAUCACGUGGCUUGGGAAAACCUGUGCAGUGCGCACAUUCAUACCUCGGUGUGGAACAGGAAGUGUGUCCAUCCGUAUCGACCCUCACGGUUCGUUAUAUCUCAAACUGUUAAGCUCGCUUGAACAGCUUUCCGCGGCACCAAGGGUGGAGCAUAUCAGAAUUACCGGUGGUGUCACGGGAGACACCUUUGACGAUGCACCUGAUGCAGACUUCUCAGAAUAUGACGAGUUGUUGGCCCAAAUAAUUGUAAGGCAGAAUUGCCUCCGGUCCUUAAGGCUAGGGAUAGGAGGAUGGUAUCGCCAGGAUACUGAUGUUAGGGGGUUCGGUAACCUAACAGAGACCCUUCAGAGCAUCUCCCAACAUGCAACACUUGAGGAGGUUGAGUUCGAGCUUCCAGGGAACGAUGUGUUGACAUUAGGUGCAAAUACAAAGUUCGAGGCGGCUGGUAUGGUUGACAAUGUGGAGAUGGUAAAAUACAAAUGUCAUGAGACAUUUGAUGUGGAGCCAAUGGUCCAAAAACUCACAGAAUGUAUCAAGAAAAACAAGAAGCUGAAGACACUAAGGCUUAAAUGGAAACUCUGGGAUAUUCGAAAUAUAACACAUAAAGUUUACCAUGGAGUCUGCAGCAGUCAGUCCCUCUCCAACCUGUGUUCUGCGAUCCGGAGAAACCGAACUCUGGAGACGCUGGAGAUUGAGGGCAUGUUGUCUGACUCUCAGUCAGGACGACAGGCAAGGAUAAUUGCCAGGUUUUUGGGUAAUAAACCCAGAAACUAUAAGGUGCUCAAUAUAACUAUCUAUGCCCGCACGCCCGGGAAUGACUUUGUGACGUUUCCGGCAGCUUGGGUUAGGUACCGCAGCGAUAGAACAGCUGCGGAGCCCCGUGGGCCAUCCACAUAGCAGUAGAGAACACAAACGUCACUCACUUCUCACAGCUAAAGUGCCCUUAACAAAGGUUUCACCAUGGUUAUGUGUGCCUUUGAUAUGUACAGGUAAGAGGAAUCCGUCCUCUGCUCAAAUAAAUAGAAACGAAAUAAUUUCAUCUACCAGUUGUCACAAGUUUCGAUGUAAUAGCAUGUCAGAGUUCCAAGCAAACCAGGCAAAGAUAUAUUCAUCCCAAAUGUAUCUACUUUCCUAUCAAGGUUUCUAAACAUCUGCUAUGAGGUCAAUGUAUGCACUAAAACAGAAAGGUUUGUUUCUGACAAGAGCACGACAGUUUCCACUUUUGUUUGAACCUAAUAUCACAAACCUUUUCUUCAGUUAGAUGCCAUAUACAGUAUGUUAUUUAGAUGUCCCUGCCUCCGCAAUAUAUUAGACAAAUAUGUAUAUUAGACAUGCAUGUUAACACAUUGUUUUACACCGAUGUGAGUUAAGAUUAGUGCAACGACCCAUGUCUGUAUAAUAGUACGUGAUGCUCACUGAAAUCAAAAUGGCACCAGGUCCAAGAACAUUCCUGUCUGCAGACAAUGAAGAAAAUACGCAAACGUGUGUAUCUACCGAGGUUCAUUUGGGAGCGUUACAAAAGUUGUACUUACAUUUACAACUAAAGAUGGCUUAUUUCUAUUUUACUUAAUAACACAAUAUAUGCAUUCCCUGGUACAGUUAUACGCUUGUUUAUGGCUUGUUUACAAGUUUGUUUAUAGUCGUGUUUGUAGAUUGACUUGUACAUAUUGUCCUUCUGUUGACCAGAAGGGAGGAUAUUUGUGAUAUUUGUAAAUGAAGGAUCGCCAAAGGUAUCAGACACAUUGUAUAUAGUUGUAAUGCUUAUCGUAAUUGGAAGACUAUACUAUGUGUGUAAGUCUGUAAAAGAACG